UCUGAAGUCACGGACGGGUGCAUUUCGACGCCAAAAUCCAUGGCGAGCUCGCCGCGAUCUCCACCGCCGGCGACGGCGCCGGAGUUUGAGAUCUCGCGGUAGUCCCGCAUUUUCGUGGCGCUGUCCAAGAAGGUGAUAAAUCUCGAUGAGGUGAGGAUGCUAGCAGCUCAGGGCGUCCCGGACGGGGCCGGCGUCUGGUCGACUGUGUGGAAGCUGCUACUGGGCUUUCUGCCCAAUGACCGUUCACUGUGGGAGCAGGAGCUGGCAGAGAAGAGAUCACAGUACGCAGCUUUCAAAGACGAGUUCCUUGUCAGCCCUGUAGGUGGCAAUAGCAAGAGUGCAAGACGAGUUGAAUCAGAAGGCCACCAUAAUGAAAAUGCACAGCAUGUUGACAAUGUGUUGCUCCACAGGUCGGAGUACUCGGAGAUUAUGGAGCAGAUCGACCGUGAUAUAAAGCGCACCCACCCUGACAUGCAUUUCUUCUGUGGUGACUCAUCUGCUGCAAAGUCCAAUCAGGAAUCUCUGAAAAAUGUACUAUUAAUCUUUGCCAAGCUGAAUGCUGGAAUACGAUAUGUGCAAGGCAUGAAUGAAAUUUUGGCACCACUCUUAGUCGCAUUUCGGAGUGAUCCAGAUGAUAAAAAUGCUGGAAUAUUCGCUGAAGCGGAUUCAUUCUUUUGCUCCAUUGAGUUGCUUAGUGGGUUCAGAGACAACUUCUGCCGGAAACUAAACAAUAGUGCUAUUGGCAUUCGGGGUACCCUCCAAAUUAUCACAACUUCUAGCGAAGUACGACGGAGAGCUUCAGCACCAUUUGGAAAUAACUACAGAAGUAUUUACAUACUACAGAGUGCCACCCUUCAUGCUGUAUCUAGGAUGUUUCUCUGUUCAGUUAGCCCUUCUACUCAAUUGGUAUUUGUAUUGACCUAAACGAGACAAUAAUGUUCUUACAGUAGUUCUGUUUUCUUAUCUAAUAUGGACAGCAGCACGGUGCUCCUUAUUGUAUAUAUCCUCGUUAUUAUCUUAUUUAUUUA